CUCUACCUAUUGUUGUCCCAGGAAGGAGAUCAAAUGGUACUGCUUUUGGGGGAUGAAAGGUUUGUAUAUCUAGUACAUAACUAUGCAUCUUUUGAUGAUUCCCCAUUGUCUCGGGCAUCACCAAGGGUAUUUUCACCACGAGAUACCAGCAACAUGGGAUAUUUCUCUAUUGGCUGUGAUGGAUUUGAUAGGAAUCAUCGCCAGAAACUUCAAAGAAGCAAGUCGAAGAAAUUUCGGUCUUUUCUACCACUGGAUGAAAUGCAAAUGUUGGCUUCCCACAAUCAGAGGGUAAUGGGCAAGAGAAACGGAAUAAAUAGUUGGAAUCUGGACUUUUCUGAUUGGCCAACCCAACGGCAUUGCUACCCAGAUGACUCUUUAACUUUAAGGCAUGACCCUGAACAGUUGGACUGUUCUAAUCUUGAUGAAUUGAGGUUCCGUGCUGCAUCUCGUGCUGCCCACAGUGUGCGUAACAUGGCAAAGCUCAAGAGAGAGAGAGCACAUAGAUUGAUGUUCCGAGCAGAUGCAGCAAUCCACAAGGCUGUGGCUGCUCUGAUGACUGCUGAUGCGGUCAAAGCUUCUUUUGAGGACUCAAAUGAAAACCCAAAUGGUGAUGGGUAGGAUGAUGACAAGUGGAAAUUGAUCAAAACUUUGAGUUCUGGAAUUCAAGAAUACUCGAGACAUUGGCAUUGCUUUUGCUUGCUGUUUUUACCAUUUCUUGUUAUGGUUGCCUGGAGUCCUCAUUGAUUGAUUCCUGAGAAAAUGUUCUAACUGGAAAGUAAUGGGCAUAAACAGAAGACUCUUUG